UUUCUAUAACUAUAGUCAGCUCCAAGGUAUCAGAAUGGGGUUUCAAGAAAUUUAUAGUUACAAGGGCAUAACCCGAUCUUGUUGUGUACUUGUAUAUCUUCAAUACAAGCAUUGGUUGAAAAUUGGGAUUGGAAGAGUAAAUACUAUGAUUGGAUAUUCUGCGAAAGUAAGCCCGGGCAGUGGUCCCCUUCCCUUUUGAUAAAUGAGUGUCCUUCACUCUCUGUCCUAAACAUUGGUUUCAUGGAACCUGCAUUGAC